AAUACUUUUUUAAAGAUGGAUAAAUACCCCUAUAGUGUAUUUCUUAUUAUCAGUUGCUGUUGCUGUAUCCUCCAUUAUAUUCCUUACAGCUGAAGCAGUGGAUCUAUUGGUCCGGAAUCCAUACUGGCUCUCACUCAACAGCAUGUUCUUUUCAACAAAACUGUCUAAUUUUUUUUACAAAUAUUUUUUCGAUUAUUUUAGAAAAUUGCGACAGCAGCAUCAUCGCGGUGCAACAGCGACCUCUUGCGCCUGCGCAGAGUACACCCACCACGGACAGCAGAAGCCGAUAGAAGUGUUUCGGAAGUGGACGCUUCCCGGAUGAGAAGCAGCAAAUCCGGGGAGAAAAAGGGCAAAGGAGAGUGAACCACCAACAUCUAUUGCCAAAAACUCCAGUGGGGAUACAUUAUCGAGAGCGUAAUUGUUGAAAGAUGGACAGCAUAUGACGGCAAGGCCUUGUUAAACUUCAACAUCAUCAGGCGAGCGGAGGCGGGCCAUGAAGGAUGAGGGGCUGGGAGAGUGACGCGGGCGCUUGAGGAACAAGUCCUGUGUGGAGAUGAAGCUCAAACAACGCAUGUUGGUGCUAUGUGCCGUGCUCCUCCUAGUGGGCCUCGCCAAGAUCUUCCUGCUUGACGGCAGCGAGGGAUCUGCUGCCAGCAGGCGCGACCUGCGGGCUUUUCGCAAGAUGGAGGCGGGGCUGUCUCUGUCACGGGGGGCUCGCCUUGCCCACACCCUGCAGUCUCCCUGGGAGAUAGCGAGCCUCUGGGUGGGUCCCCGGGAGGUUUACCCUGAGGACACGCCCGAGCUGGCGGCGGUGCUCACCGCUCUGAGCACCACCCGCAUACUACGGGCCGACGUGGGCUACAUGGGGACGCAACUCAAAGCCAUGCUGGUUCUGGACGGGGGGCAAAAAGCGGUCUUCAAACCCAAAAGAUACAGCCGCGACUACGUGGUGGAAGGGGAGCCGUACGCCGGUUACGACCGACACAACGCAGAGGUGGCUGCCUUCCACCUGGACAGGAUCCUGGGCUUCAGGAGAGCGCCCCUAGUGGUGGGACGUUACAUCAACCUGCGCACCGAGCUCAAACCCGCGUCCACCGACCAGCUGCUCAAGACGUUCCUCACGAAGGGAAACAACACGUGCUUCUACGGGAAGUGUUUCUACUGCCGGGAGAGCGACCCGGCGUGUGCCGAGGGCGACAUGAUGGAGGGUUCACUGACCAUGUGGCUGCCGGACGUCUGGCCGCUGCAGAAACACAAGCAUCCCUGGGGACGCACCUACAGAGAGGGCAAACUGGCCAGGUGGGAGUACGACGAGGGCUACUGCGAGGCGGUGAAGAAAAUGCCCCCGUAUGAUGCGGGGCCGCGGCUGCUGGACAUCAUCGACACGGCCAUAUUUGAUUAUCUCAUCGGGAACGCCGACCGCCACCACUACGAGAGUUUCCAGGACGACGGUGGCGCCAGCAUGCUCAUCAUUAUAGACAACGCCAAGAGCUUCGGGAACGCUGCCAUGGACGAGCGAAGCAUCUUGGCGCCGCUCUACCAGUGUUGCAUGAUCCGCGUGUCCACCUGGAAUAGGCUGAACCUGCUGCAGGGCGGGGCUCUGAGCUCCGCCCUGCAGCGGGCGCUGGCGUUCGACCCCAUCCAGCCCGUGCUGGCCUCGCCGCACCUCGCCGCCCUGGACCGCCGCCUCACGGUCGUCAUGGCCACGGUCAAGCAGUGCAUGGAGGCGCUAGGACCCGACAACAUGCUGAUAGAAGACCGCAUGAACCCGACACACCCUUAA